AUGGUCGCUAUAUUUGCUGAUCCAUCAUUAGAUGCUAACUAUUGGCCUCGGUUUCUUAUGCAACUUUUCAUUAUUCUUGUACUAGUUCGCAUUAUGGGGGCAUUACUUUCAUUGAUAAAACAACCAUCGGUCAUUGGUGAAAUCAUUGCUGGAGUAAUCAUUGGUCCAUCAGUAUUAGGAAAUAUUAAUUGGUGGACAAACCAUAUAUUUCCAACAUCAUCAUGGAAUUAUUUUACAUUAGUGGGUAAUGUUGGUCUUAUCCUAUUCAUGUUCAAUUUAGGCUUAGAAUUGGAACAAGAAAAAAUUAGAAAACAAUGGAAACGUUCUCUUCCAAUAGCCAUUUCUACUAUUAUUAUACCAUAUGCAAGUGGUAUUGGAUUAUCCUAUUAUUUGUAUGAUAUUAACAAUCGAGAUGGAUUUAAAGCACCAGAUCGAGUUGCAUUUAUUCUAUUCAUCGCAUCGAGUGUGUCAUUCACUGCCUUUCCAGUACUUGCAUCAAUUCUUACAUCAACAAAAUUAUUAUCAGCAAAAAUUGGCUCAGUAACAAUUAGUUGUGCAGCAAUAGACGAUAUUAUGGCUUGGUGUUCAUUAGCUAUUGCUGGUGCUUUUGCUAAAGGAUCAGGUAUUGUUGGUUUAUGGGUCGUAUUGAUAUCUAUUGGUUAUAUUAUUUUCAUGUUUACCAUUGUUAAAUACACAAUAAAAUUUAUACAUAGUUUUCUAGUAAAACGUGAUGACGAAAUGAAUCCUUUCUUUCUUAUUGGAGUAUUUCUUAUGUUGAUUGCAUCUGCUUUUUUCUGUGAAAUACUUGGUAUACAUUCAUUUUUUGGUGCAUUUAUUGCCGGUAUUAUAUGUCCGAAAUCUGGAAGAUUUAAUACUGAAUUAUUUCCUAAAUUAGAAUUAGUUACUGGUCAAUUAUUGCUUCCAUUAUUUUUUGCUUCAAGUGGUAUGAGAACAAAUUUAGGAUCGUUAAAUGAUAGCUUUUAUGGUGGAAUAACUGUACUUAUUUUUGCUGUUGCUACAUUGGCAAAAUUUUUACCUGCAUUUAUUAUGACAAAAAUUAUGAUAAGAGACACAUGGAAAUUUUCAGCAGCUGUAGGUAUUUUGAUGAAUACACGUGGUUUAGUAGAACUUAUUGCAUUGAAUAUUGGUCUUCAACUUAAUAUUCUUUCACCUCGUCUUUUUACUAUGUUAAUUAUUAUGGCACUUGUCACAACAUUUAUGACUUGUCCAUUACUUUGGCUUGUCUAUCUUCGAACAUACAAACCUGACCCACCACUUCUUGGUAACACAAGUACGAGUAAAGUUAAUUUUCCUGCAAGAAGUUAUCUUCGAACACGUUUACCUUCUACACGUAUUCAUAACAUAUCCAGCAAUGCACCAGCUAUUACUGGAAGAUAUAAUCAACCAUUAAGACCAACUUUUUCAACUAUUAGCAAAUAUUAA